CUGCCGAUACUCCGGGGAUUUGUCAAGUCGUAUCUCAUUAUAGAACUCCCAAUGAGCGUAUGUCCUCCGUAAAUUGUCCCCGUCACCCCGGGGUAGCACAGAGCAGUAUGACGUAAAAAGAUUUUGUUCAUGUUCGACGGCCGUCUGUUCAUUUUAAUGCUAUUGUAACUCUUUCAAUGAAGACAACUGGGGUGUAUCGAUUACUCACUGCUGUCAGAAGCUAACUGAUUUCCUUUCAUGUCAAUAUGAGAACUUAAGUUGAAAAUUUUAAUGCCCUCUCCGAGCGGAAGGUUCAUGAAACGCAUGCGUUAAGUUCAACCUAAGUUAGCGUCCAGCUUGUCACACGGGCGAACAGCAACUACGAAGAGCUCCGGCGUUCUUUGGUUGAAAGAACGUGCCAGCGUUCAAAAUGCCCAGUUUUGAUAAACUUCGCCUUACGCUUAGUAGUUGUGCCUCUUGCGGCAAAGGGAAAAACCAGUCGGACGCCAGCGCUGACACUAAUGAAAAUCUACGACAUAAUGGGAAACUAGAGAAAGUGGAUUCCGAGGAAUCUGAAGGCGACGAAAAUAAGGAACGCGGGAACUGGACCCGUCAGCUUGACUUUUUCCUGUCCUGCGUUGGGUACGCUGUUGGCCUUGGCAACCUAUGGAGGUUUCCAUACGUCUGUAUGAGAAAUGGGGGAGGAGCAUUCCUUAUUCCUUACUUCUUGUUCCUAUUUCUGUGCGGCAUUCCUCUGUUCUUUAUGGAGUUGUCUGUAGCCCAGUUUUCCAGCAGCAGCCCACUGAGUUUAUGGAGGAUAUGUCCACUCUUCAAGGGCAUAGGGUUUGGCAUGGUCCUGGUCUCUGCAGUGUUCUGCAUCUAUUACAACGUGAUUAUGGCGUGGGUAUUCUACUACCUGGCCAUGUCAUUUGCCGCUGACGUGCCGUGGGGGACGUGCGGAAACUGGUGGAACACGGAGAACUGCGUCAGCAAGGACCGUAAGCUUAACGUCACGUACGCUUUGGCCAACUGCACCAACUCCUACCUGAACUCGUCGCUCGACUUCAUGGCUUACCAGGUAGAGGAGAACGAGACGCUUGUGAUUAAUGAAGAGUUUUACUGGAAUUCAACGUGUAACAAUACGAUGAUUGAGCCGAAAGGGGUCAGCUCGACGGAGGAGUUUUGGCUUUACAACCUGUUAGAUAUUUCCCCCGGUAUAGAAGAUCUAAGAGGAAUAAAAUGGCAGUUGUUGAUUUGUCUGAUAGUAGCCUGGAUCAUAACGGUGCUGUGUGUGGUGAAAGGUGUCAAGUCUUCGGGGAAGGUCGUGUAUGUGACGGCCACGGUGCCUUAUGGCUUCUUGGUGAUCUUAAUGAUUCGAGGCUUGCUGCUUCCUGGGGCAAUCGAUGGCAUCAAGUAUUACGUGACACCUAAUUUCCAGAAGUUAACAGAGCUUAAUGUAUGGUGUGAGGCGUGUCUUCAAAUCUUUUAUUCUCUUGGACCCGCUUGGGGUGGACUUAUCACAAUGGCUGGCUAUAAUAGGUUCCACAAUAAUAUGUACAGAGAUGCCAUCAUCAUUCCCCUUGUAAAUUGUUUCACCAGUUUCUUUGCUGGAUUCGUCAUUUUCUCUGUGAUUGGUUUUAUGGCCAAGGAAUCAAACACCCCUAUCGACCAGCUAGGGAUACAGUCAGGCCCUGGUCUAGCUUUUGUUGCGUAUCCCGAGGCGAUAGCGAGGCUUCCGAUAUCUCCACUCUGGGCUAUUAUGUUUUUCCUGAUGUUGCUGACUCUCGGACUUGACACUCAGUUUGCAACGCUGGAAACUCUGACCAGCAGUUUCGUCGACGAAUUUGCUCAGUUUUUAAGAAAAAGAAAAAUGCUGUUCACCACAUUUGUGUGUCUUAUAGAGUUUGGAUUGGGAUUACCGUGUGUAACUAGGGGAGGAGUGUACGUGUUCCAGAUAAUGGACUGGUACAGUGCCGCAUUCGCCGUUGUCACAAUGGGAUUGUCUGAAGUCCUGAUCAUAGCUUGGAUAUAUGGUGGGAACCGAUUGUACGACGACAUCGAGAUGAUGAUCGGCUACAAACCAAACAUCAUUUGGCAGAUAUGUUGGAGGUUCUUAACUCCUGUGCUACUUUUUAUUGCAUUUGUGCUGACUGUCAGAGACUAUAAAGCUCCCUUCUACGGCACGUACAGCUACCCACCCUCUGCCAUACAGUUUGGAUGGUUCCUCGCCUCCGUGCCGCUCAUACCCAUACCUAUAGUGGCUGUGUAUCAAAUCUACAAAACACCGGGACCUUUUACGCAGCGUAUCAGGACACUGCUUAGGCCGUCUGAGGAUUGGGGUCCAGCGGUUGCUAAGUACCGAGCGUCUUACAAAUAUCGGUGUGACGCUGUCAGGGUGCCGACACAGGAACCGGAUCAGGAAGAUCCUGUUUUUGAGGAAUCGAAGGAGCCCUUAGACGAUACUGACGAUUCAAAAGUAUAGUCACUGGUAUACAGGUGUGACUGGAUUGUACCUUGUAACUGUGAAUUUGAAUAGAUUGUUUGAAAGUGACACAUGCAAAUCUGGUUAUACAUGUACAAUAUAGUGGUACUUGGUUACAUAAAUUAUAUUUCGUAUUACUCUUCAUACUGGUACAGUAAUACUCUUAAUAAAGAAUCGCUGUUGCUAUGACUUGCACUUAGAACAAGCUGUGUUGAGAUUUGUUCCAAUCAAAAAUAAUGAAAUUUCGGUACCUUCAAAUUUCCGAUCCCAGCCUACUAAUCGGACAUAAUAAUUGCUUUCUCCCUUCUAGUAAUGCAGUCCUACGCAAAGUACACAUAAUGCUAUUUCAUUGACUAUAAGAUGUCACAUUGGUGUCACAAUGUACAAAUAAGGGACCAUUCCCAGACCCUACCGUACUAACUGUGGAUCGAUCUAUCUCCGAGGGGAUUUUUACUAAA